UUUUAAUGUUGGUAGUUCCCGUUCCGUUACCAUGGUAGCUGCCUAGUUGUUAUGUCAAUAAUGUUAACCUAACUCCUUAGAUUUAAUUGAUUUUUUAAAAUACAAACAAAUCUUCUAGAAUGAAUUGGGAUGAAGACAUAGACUUACUUCCAAAUAAAAAAUCUGCUACUAAACAUGGAAGACGAGCGAGCAAUGCUCCUGGAAGUCCAGAAGAUCAGCCAGAAAGUUCUAAAAAGACAACUCCACCAGAAGUGCCUAUAAGAACUAGAAAAACUGGGGGAUGGGCCGAUGAAGGCGUUAAAUCUGCAAAGGUAAAAGGAUCAAAUAUAAUUGAACAAGAACGUUUUCAAAAUGAGAAACCACAAGAAUCUGAAGAUGAUAUUCCAGUAAUACCUGAUAUUGACGACAUCGCUGAUGAUCUACUCAAUUUGCCUGAUGUAAAGGUUCCUAAUAUAACGGUAAAAGAAUCAACUUAUAAAGAAUUAGAUAGUCAGUUUGAGACUGGACAACCAAAUUUUGGAAAUAUUGGUGAUAUAGACUUGUCUAUUUUAACAACUAGACUUUAUUCAGAGAAAGAUGUUCAAAGAUGUACUGAAGUAUGGACUAUGGAAUCAUUGUAUCAAGACCUUGCAAAACAGUGAUUAUCAUGAAAGAGAUUUAAUUAAAUUUUUACUGGUUUAGUAAUUAAAGAGAUUCAAUUGGAUUUAUGCACCAUGAAUUGUUUUUAUCCAGAAAUGCAAUUUUUAAUAAAAAAAAAUUGUUUUU